CCGACAGGGGUUCUCAAAAAUCGAAAGGCGGGAGAGACCGCAACCUUGGACGUCGCUGGCUUGGCAGUUUGAUAUUAUCGAGAACAUGGUGUCGUUCAAAAUGUGGUGGUUGGUGUUUGAUCCGUGAUCCCGUCUCCACUGGCGAUCGAGUGUUGGCAACAUGUCAGGCACAGGAACAAACCUUCAGAUGGAAGCUUUGACGGCUUCGAUGACCGGUUCGGAUGACACCAUGUCUCAGGGCGGGCAGCCAUUGUCUGCUCUGCUUGGUGAUGCUGCUUCGGCAUCUGGCAGAGCAUCCACUGAUGGAUAGGGCUAUUUGAUCUUAUCAUCACUCGGUUUCUACAACCUGUGUUGCCGGCCAAUGACAUGGCCCGGCUUCUCGGUGAGCUCGAUCCAAAGUGCCAAAGGCAACUGGGGCUGUGGAGAGACAACACCAACCUCUCCUAUUCACGACAGAGCGGCUCCGGAGCGUCACCCCAUCACCUCACCACACUUACAUAUAUAUACCGAGUAGGUACCCGCAUCAGUCUGCGUGUGCCCAUCCACAUGCGUUCGUCCCACUCGAACGUGUUUGUCUUCGAUAUCCACCUCAUGGAAACGGGAGGCUGAACGGUUAUCCCCACCUGUGUGCCCACACAGUGAGCUCAUGAUAAACUAUGUGUACUUUGUUGCUGGUUUACGCCUAUUUAUUUUGUUUCGUAUGAGUACCUUUCAUGGUCUGAGAGGUUGCCAGUGCUAGGUAUACAAGUCCUCAGCCCGCCUCCAAGACACUCGAGGUUCAAAGAGGAAGGCUGAGGGACAAAGGAUAAAGACCGAAUUGAACUGCCGAUUGCGCUGCUGAAGCCUGCUGAAGAAAUUUGUCCACAGUGGCAAAAAACAAAGAAGACAGUCAAUUAGAGAGCUGAUAGUUUGUAGAGAUUUCUCCCAACACCAUGCCUCGUGAAAAUUGCAUUCAGUCAAGUUGAACAGCUUUCUUCACCUUCAAGAUUUCAACAAUUUUAAAGGUUGACACCUUGACGGCUGGACGUGCUGCCGUCUUAUUGGUCCGUCUUACACCAGCUGACCCACAGUCCCUUAAAACAGCCAGUUGCCAAGCCAGAGGUGAAGGGGAAGUGGCACGUACCACAAACUGCGACGUUGGCAUUACGAAGACUGCCUGUGUUCGCCUGGACGACUGGUUGAUCGGGUGAGACGAAACAAUCCUCAAGGCCACCUCUCCACUACGACAGAGGAGACGCCCGAACGGACCUCCAAAAGCCAACCCCAGACAAGAAGCAAAACCCGGGGUGGAGAGGAAACGGCCAGUCCGCCACCGAAGGUUGUGUUUCCACUCCUGAAACGCAGUUGCUGGUACCACAGACAACAUCCAUUGCCACCACCACCACAACUGGCCAGCGACUCGAACGGCUUCGCACUCCCUUCGUUUCGAAAUCUCGUUCCAAGCGCGCAACACUCAACAACAACGAACCAUUGCUCCAGGAGUCCAGUUCUUGCGCGACCAUUCGACAUCGAGUUGCGUGUCCACAUGUCAGUCGGCGUUUUCCGUUAAUCUCGACAUCUGCACCCUUCCGGGGAUUCAACGAGGUGCCCCUGAGCCCUCGGCCUUCUAGAACGAGACGAUGAAGAUCCCAUCGGCCACGGCUCUGCUGGUCCUUGCUGCCUAUGCAUCCGCAUCUCAAGUUCUCCCUAGGAAUUACGAUGCAAACGACUAUUACGUCCUUCACCUCGACGCCCAGACAUCCCCUAUCCAGGUAGCAAGGAGCUUGGGGCUGUCGCACGAAGGUCCUCUUGGAAACCUCAAGGACCACCACAUCUUUGUCGCAAGAAAGGCAGAGCACGAUAUUGUCAAAAGGAAGCUGACGGAAAGAAGACGGAGGAAGCGGUCGAUCGGUGGUUACGAUGUCUUGGACGGUGUCCUCUUUUCCGAGAAACAAAAGUUGCGAAAACCGUGGGAGAAGCGCAUCAUUCCUGCACGACGACCAGAAGCCAUCCCCAAGCCGAAACCGCAGGUCGGGGUAGACUCGGCGCUCAAGGCGCAGGCAGAGGUUGCACAGGCACUCCAGAUUCAGGAUCCUAUCUUCAACGAGCAAUGGCAUCUAUUCAAUACGGUCGAGGUCGGACACGAUGUGAACGUAACAGGUCUCUGGCUGGAGGGCAUUACUGGAAAGAAUGCCACAGUGGCCAUUGUCGAUGAUGGGCUGGACAUGUACAGCGAUGAUCUGAAGGACAAUUACUAUGCUGCCGGAUCUUACGACUUCAACGAUAAGACGGAGGAGCCGAAACCUCGUCUAUCAGACGACAGGCAUGGAACUCGUUGCGCCGGCGAGGUCGCAGCCGGUAGGAAUACCGUGUGCGGUGUCGGCGUUGCCUAUGAUGCCAGGAUAUCCGGCCAGCGCAUUCUUUCCAAGCUGAUCUCGGAUGCCGAUGAGGCCGUUGCUAUGAACUACGACUUUGACCACAACCAAAUCUACUCUUGCUCAUGGGGUCCCCCAGAUGACGGCAAGAGCAUGGAUGCCCCUGGUAUUCUGAUCAAGCGUGCCAUGCUCAACGCUGUUCAGAACGGGAGACAAGGUCUGGGGUCAAUCUAUGUGUUCGCGAGCGGUAACGGUGCCAUGGCGGAGGACAACUGCAACUUUGACGGAUACACAAACAGCAUUUACAGCAUCACGGUUGGCGCCAUCGACCGAAAGGGGCUGCACCCCUACUACUCUGAGAAGUGCUCGGCUGGUCUCGUCGUCACUUACUCCAGUGGCAGCGGUGAUGCGAUCCACACCACCGAUGUUGGCCAGAAUGCAUGCUCCAACACACAUGGAGGGACGUCGGCGGCUGCACCGCUCGCGGCUGGUAUCUUUGCUCUUGUGCUUUCGGUGCGCCCGGAUCUUACCUGGCGUGAUAUGCAAUACCUUGCCAUGGACACGGCCAUUCCUCUCAAUGAAAACGACGGAGAUUGGCAGCCCACCACCAUUGGCAAGCGCUUCAGUCACACUUACGGCUAUGGCAAGCUUGACAGCUACGCCAUUGUCCAUGCUGCCAAGAAGUGGAAGAACGUGAAGCCCCAGGCUUGGUUCUAUUCUCCUUGGAUUCACGUCAACCAGCCCAUUCCCCAGGGUGACAAGGGCAUUGCUGUUCCCUUUGAGGUUACCGAGGACAUGCUCAAGGAGGCCAACCUUGAGCGUCUCGAGCAUGUCACUGUCACCAUGAACCUCAAGCACGCCCGCCGCGGCGAUGUGAGCGUCGAUCUGAUCAGCCCCAACAAGGUUGUCAGCCAUCUCUCCACCACACGCAAGUUUGAUGAUUCCACCGAGGGCUACGACGACUGGACUUUUAUGAGUGUUGCUCACUGGGGUGAAUCUGGUGUCGGCACCUGGACCAUCAUAGUCAAGGACACCAACGUAAACGACUUCACAGGCAGCUUCACGGACUGGCACCUCAAGCUCUGGGGCGAGUCGCGCGAUGCUUCCAAGGCCAAGGUUCUCCCCAUGCCCACAGAGGAAGACGACAACGACCACGCCAACCUCGCCACCACUACCGUCGGCGCCGUCACCACCACUGUCGCCCCUCCCGUCGGCACCGGAAACCCAGACGGCAACCCAUCCGUUCAACCUACUGAAGUUCCCAGCCGCCCGAUCAAACCCCCUCAGCCGUCAGAGUCUACCGACACGGAUUCGCAAGAGGCCGAGCCAGAAAACACCCAGGCCAGCAACUGGUUACCCUCAUUCCUUCCCUCGUUUGGCAUGUCCAAGGCUACUCAAGUCUGGAUUUAUGGAUCCCUCGUCCUGAUUGUACUUUUCUGUUCCGGGCUCGGAAUUUAUUUCUAUCUCGCCCGCCGCAAGAGGUUGAGAAACAACCCGAGAAACGAGUACGAAUUCGAGCUUCUCGACGAGGAAGAAGCGGAAGGUCUGGCUGGCAACAACAGCGAAAAGGGGGUCGCUGCGGCGGGGGCAGGGGGCAGAAAAGGGAGGACGAGAGGUGGGGAGCUGUAUGAUGCUUUUGCUGGGGGGAGCGACGAUGAGGAUGAGUUUGGUGGUGGUGCGGGGGGUGAUGAAAGGGGUGUUGGGUAUAGAGACCAGCCUUCUUCGGGUGGGAGUUCGUCUGGGCAGAGGAGCUCGAGGUCGGAGUCGGGGGAGAGGUUUGAUGAGAAGGGUGGGAUGAGGAGACAUAGUGAUGGGGAGGAGGAGGAUGAGCAGCAUGUUAUUGGGAGUGAGGAGAGUGGGUCGGAGGGGGAGGAGAGUGAGGAGCAGAGGCCUUUGAGGAGGUAGACAGUAGCUUCGGGGAAGCAAGGGGAAGAAGAAGUGCAAUGGGAUGGAAGGGGGAGUUUGUUUGGCUUUUUUGAAAACCCUGUUCAUGGAAUUAGCAUUGUUAGAGCAGAAUCAUCACUUGGUUUUGCUUUUGUGUAUGUCCUGGCUGUUUGUAGGCUCAGUGUUUUUCUUGUCUGUAGUUGGCGGCGAACUGUGUCUCUUUGAGGAAAACGGUACAGAAUAGAGGGCUGCUUUCUUGUUGAUUGGGACCUGAGGUUGAUUGUUUGGGUAUGUCACGAAGUGGAUGAUGAUGUUCUGGUAGAAAACAUUAGGGCAUUCUCGUCACCUAUUCACCACCCAAGACAGCCUGUUUACAAAAACACCAUCUCAAUUGCCUUAUAAA